GCGGCGGGCGCGGCCGGCGGAGCCAUGGACUGCGGCCUCGCGCGGACGCUGCUGCACAGAUGCUGCACGGGUGAGGAGAACUGGGUGGACAGCCGGACAGUCUACGUUGGACACAAGGAGCCCCCGCCCGGCACCGAGGCCUACAUCCCUCAGCGGUUCCCCGACAACAGGAUCGUGUCCUCCAAGUACACGUUUUGGAACUUCAUACCCAAGAACCUGUUCGAGCAGUUCCGGAGAAUAGCCAACUUCUACUUCCUCAUCAUAUUCCUGGUCCAGCUGAUCAUCGACACACCCACCAGCCCGGUGACCAGCGGCCUCCCCCUGUUCUUCGUCAUCACCGUCACCGCCAUCAAGCAGGGCUACGAGGACUGGCUGCGCCACAAGGCGGAUGAUGCCAUGAACCAGUGCCCAGCGCACUGCGUCCAGCAUGGCAAGCUAGUGCGCAAGCACAGCCGCAAGCUGCGGGUCGGGGACAUCGUCAUGGUCAAGGAGGACGAGACCUUCCCCUGUGACCUCAUCUUCCUGUCCAGCAACCGCGGGGACGGCACCUGCCACGUGACCACCGCCAGCCUGGACGGAGAGUCCAGCCACAAGACCCACUACGCGGUGCAGGACACCAAGGCCUUCCACACCGAGGAGGACAUGGACGGGCUGCACGCCACCAUCGAGUGUGAGCAGCCGCAGCCCGACCUGUACAAGUUUGUGGGCCGCAUCAACAUCUACAGCUCGCAGAGUGACCCCGUGGUGAGGCCGCUGGGGUCCGAGAACUUGCUUCUCCGGGGAGCCACGCUGAAGAACACCGAGAAGAUCUUUGGCGUGGCCAUCUACACGGGCAUGGAGACCAAGAUGGCGCUCAACUACCAGUCCAAGUCCCAGAAGCGCUCGGCCGUGGAGAAGUCCAUGAACGCGUUCCUGGUGGUCUACCUGUGCAUCCUCGUCAGCAAGGCGCUCAUCAACACCGCGCUCAAGUACGCGUGGCAGAGCGAGCCGGCCCGCGGCGAGCCCUGGUACAACGAGAGGACCCCGGCGGAGCAGCAGCGGAACCAGUUCCUCCAGGCGUUCACCGACUUCCUGGCCUUCAUGGUUCUCUUCAACUACAUCAUCCCCGUGUCCAUGUACGUGACCGUGGAGAUGCAGAAGUUCCUGGGCUCCUACUUCAUCGCCUGGGACGAGGACAUGUUUGACGAGGACAUGGGGGAGGGGCCUCUGGUGAACACCUCGGACCUGAACGAGGAGCUGGGCCAGGUGGAGUACGUGUUCACGGACAAGACGGGCACGCUCACCGAGAACAACAUGGAGUUCAAGGAGUGCUGCAUCGAGGGCCAGGUGUACGUGCCGCACGUCAUCUGCAACGGCCAGGUGCUGCCCGACUCCUCGGGCAUUGACAUGAUCGACUCCUCUCCCGGCGCCAGCGCAAAGGAGCGGGAGGAGCUAUUCUUCCGGGCCCUGUGCCUGUGCCACACCGUCCAGGUGAAGGAGGACGAUGACGUGGACGGGCCCCGGAAGUCGCCCGACUCGGCCAAGUCCUGCCCCUACAUCUCGUCCUCGCCCGAUGAGGUGGCGCUGGUUGAGGGCGUCCAGAGGCUGGGCUUUACGUACCUGCGGCUGAAGGACAACUACAUGGAGAUCCUCAACAGGGACAAUGAUGUCGAGAGGUUCGAGCUGCUGGAGGUGCUGAGCUUCGACUCGGUGAGGCGGCGGAUGAGCGUGGUGGUCAGGUCGGCGGCAGGGGAAAUCUACCUCUUCUGCAAAGGAGCAGACUCCUCCAUCUUCCCCCGAGUGACAGAAGGCAAAGUGGAUCAGAUCCGGGCCCGGGUGGAGCGCAACGCCGUGGAGGGGCUGCGCACGCUGUGCGUGGCCUACAAGCGGCUGGCCCCGGAGGAGUACGAUGGCGUGUGCCGGCUGCUGCAAGCCGCCAAGGUGGCGCUUCAGGACCGCGAGAAGAAACUGGCUGAUGCGUACGAGCAGAUCGAGAAGGACCUCACCCUGCUGGGCGCCACGGCUGUGGAGGACCGGUUGCAGGACAAGGCGGCCGACACCAUCGAGGCCCUACAGAAGGCCGGGAUCAAGGUGUGGGUGCUCACCGGGGACAAGAUGGAGACCGCGGCGGCCACCUGCUACGCCUGCAGGCUGUUCCGCAGCAGCACCCAGCUGCUCGAGCUCACCACCAAGAGGAUCGAGGAGCAGAGUCUGCACGACGUGCUGCUGGAGCUGAGGAAGACCGUGCUGCGCGGUAGCGGGACCCUGGCCAGGGACGGCCUCUCGGGGCUCUCGGCAGACGGGCAGGACUACGGGCUCAUCAUCGACGGGGCAGCGCUGUCGCUCAUCAUGAGGCCCUGCGAGGACAGGAGCUCCAGCGGGAGCUAUCGCGAGCUGUUCCUGGAGAUCUGCCGGAACUGCAGUGCUGUGCUGUGCUGCCGCAUGGCGCCCCUGCAGAAGGCCCAGAUCGUUAAGCUAAUCAAGCUCUCCAAGGAGCACCCCAUCACCUUGGCCAUCGGGGACGGGGCCAACGAUGUGAGCAUGAUCCUGGAGGCCCACGUGGGCAUCGGUGUCAUUGGGAAGGAGGGCCGCCAGGCUGCCAGGAACAGCGACUACGCCAUCCCCAAGUUCAAGCACCUGAAGAAGAUGCUGCUGGUGCAUGGACACCUGUACUAUGUGCGCAUCUCUGAGCUCGUGCAGUACUUCUUCUACAAGAACGUUUGCUUCAUCUUCCCGCAGUUUCUGUACCAGUUCUUCUGUGGCUUUUCACAGCAGACGCUGUACGACGCGGCCUACCUGACCCUCUACAACAUCAGCUUCACGUCCCUCCCCAUCCUGCUGUACAGCCUCAUGGAGCAGCAUGUGGGCGUUGAGACGCUCCGCAGGGACCCCGCCCUGUACAGGGAUGUCGCCAAGAACGCCCUGCUGCGCUGGCCAGUGUUCAUCUACUGGACCUUGCUGGGUGUGUUCGACGCGCUGGUCUUCUUCUUCGGUGCUUACUUCAUCUUUGAGAACACGGCGGUGGCCAGCAACGGGCAGGUGUUUGGGAACUGGACCUUCGGGACGCUGGUGUUCACUGUGAUGGUGUUCACGGUCACACUGAAGCUGGCCCUGGACACACACUACUGGACCUGGAUCAACCACCUGGUCAUCUGGGGCUCGCUGCUUUUCUACGUGGUCUUCUCACUCCUCUGGGGCGGCAUCAUCUGGCCGUUCCUCAGCUACCAGAGGAUGUACUACGUGUUCAUCCAGAUGCUGUCCAGCGGGCCCGCCUGGCUGGCCAUCGUGCUGCUCAUCACCGUCAGCCUCAUGCCCGACGUCCUCAAGAAAGUGCUGUGCCGCCAGCUGUGGCCCAGCGCCACGGAGCGGGUGCAGAGCGCAUGGGGCCCGGACUGCCUCUCAGAGCCCGUCCCUCUCGCAUCUCUGCAGAGCCCCAGCUGCCCGCACCCUGGCCCCCCACACCCUCAGCCCUCUGGCCAGGCCCCCACUCUGAGCAGGAGAUGCUGACCCGAUGAGAGCCACCCCGGCCCCCGCCCGAGCCCCACCCCGGGGGCCACGACAGACACAUCACCAGGUCAAGCCUUUGAGGCCCGCGCUGAGCUGAGCGUCCUGGGGCCAGCGCUGCUGCCCGCUGCCUCCCGCGGCCCUGUCCGGCGGCUGUGGGGGGCCGCUGCCUGGGGCACACGUCUCUGCAGCAAGAGGGACCCGCUUGGAGCCAAGCAUCGGGGAGCCGCCGGCCUCCGCCUCGCGCCGGCACGGAGCACACCCUCUCGGGACACGCCUCCUGGGGCUCUGGCCACACUGGACGUUGCAGGAGCUUGUCGGGCCCCUCCACAUGGGCUGGCCACCCCCCCCCAGGACGGCGUCUGGAGUGUGCGGGCGGGGCUUGCGGGACAGUUGUGUGUGACGGGAGACCCUCCGCGUCCUCGGGGGCGGCCAGUCUUCAGGACCCCUGGGCGCAGGGCCAGGGAGCCGCGGACACGCUGGGCCCCCGCAGGCGGCCGGGAAAGCUGCUGCGACGGGACCCGCCCUGCGCCCCGCGCCCCGGGAAUGACCUGUUCUCGGCAACGGCCUUAACGGUCCCUGAGGAAGACGCUUCAGCUGGAGGCUCAGGCUUCAGGCGUCCCGGCAGAUGCCUUGGCGGAGAGCAGCGCCCACGCGCGGGAGCCCCCGCCCGCCUGC